GCCUGGAGAGGUGUGGCUGGACCAAGACCUCCCCUGAUGUAAGCAGGCUCCCUCCUCCCCCACCACCCGUUGCCACCACGCCAGGGGACAUCCUCAAGCCCUGGCCCUUAGGGGAGAGGUAACAGGAGCCCAGAGCCGAGACCAUGUGACGGCGCUGGCCCUUGCCACCGCCGUCCCCCAACCCUGGCCCCAGGCCUGGCACCAUGAUGUUCCGAGACCAAGUAGGCAUCCUCGCUAGCUGGUUCAAGGGCUGGAAUGAAUGUGAGCAGACAGUGGCUCUGCUGUCGCUUCUGAAGCGGGUCACCCGUACCCAAGCCCGCUUUCUGCAGCUCUGCCUGGAGCACUCGCUGGCAGACUGCAAUGAUAUCCACCUGCUGGAGUCAGAGGCCAACAGUGCUGCCAUCGUCAGCCAGUGGCAACAGGAGUCCAAAGAGAAGGUGGUAUCCCUCUUGCUAUCCCACCUGCCCCUACUCCAACCAGGCAACACAGAGGCCAAGUCCGAGUACAUGAGACUGCUGCAGAAGGUGCUGGCCUACUCCAUUGAGAGCAAUGCCUUCAUUGAGGAGAGCCGCCAACUUCUCUCCUAUGCCCUCAUCCACCCAGCCACCACGCUGGAGGACCGCAAUGCGCUCGCCCUCUGGUUGAGCCAUCUGGAAGAGCGGCUGGCUAGUGGUUUUCGCACCCGACCAGAGCCCUCCUACCAUUCACGCCAGGGCUCAGAUGAGUGGGGGGGACCUGCAGAGCUGACCCCUGGAGAGGCAGGACCAGGCUGGCAGGACAAGCCACCCCGAGAAAAUGGACAUGUACCCUUCCACCCAUCCAGCUCAGUGCCGCCGGCCAUCAACAGUAUUGGGAGCAAUGCAAACACAGGUCUCCCCUGCCAAAUCCACCCUAGCCCGCUGAAGCGCUCCAUGUCACUCAUCCCUACAAGCCCCCAGGCCCCUGGUGAGUGGCCGAGUCCAGAGGAGCUUGGGGCCCGGGCUGCUUUCACCACGCCCGACCACGCACCCCUCUCGCCACAGAGCAGUGUGGCCUCCUCUGGCAGUGAGCAGACGGAGGAGCAGGGCUCCAGCCGGAACACUUUCCAGGAGGAUGGCAGCGGGAUGAAAGAUGUGCCCUCAUGGCUCAAGAGCCUCCGCUUGCACAAGUAUGCUGCUUUGUUCUCACAGAUGAGCUAUGAAGAGAUGAUGACCCUAACAGAGCAGCACCUAGAGUCGCAGAAUGUCACCAAAGGUGCCCGGCACAAGAUAGCCCUGAGCAUCCAGAAGCUUCGUGAAAGACAGAGCGUCCUCAAGUCCCUAGAGAAGGAUGUGCUGGAAGGUGGCAAUCUGCGGAACGCUCUGCAGGAGCUGCAGCAGAUCAUCAUCACCCCUAUCAAGGCCUACAGUGUCCUUCAGGCCACCCCUACUGCCAAGGAUGGGGGUCGGGGGGAGCCGCUACUGCCAGGUGCUGAGCCUCCCCUCACCCAUCUUGGAACAGACAAGGGCACUGAGGCCAAGGACCCUCCAGCUGCAGAGAACUAUCCUUCUCCACCAGCUCCAGCUCCCACUGAUAGCAGUGAGCCAGUCCCAGCUCCCGUCGCCGAUGGAGACAUCCCCAGCCAGUUUACACGGGUGAUGGGCAAAGUAUGCACCCAGCUGCUGGUGUCCCGACCAGAUGAGGAGAACAUCACCAGUUACCUCCAGCUCAUCGAAAAGUGCCUGACUCAUGAGGCUUUCACAGAGACACAGAAGAAGCGGCUGCUGUCCUGGAAGCAGCAAGUGCUGAAACUCCUCCGGACAUUUCCGCGAAAAGCUGCAUUGGACAUGCAGAACUACCGGCAGCAGAAGGGCUGGGCAUUUGGCUCCAACUCACUCCCCAUAGCUGGCUCUGUGGGGAUGGGUGUGGCCCGGCGGACCCAGCGGCAGUUCCCAAUGCCUCCUCGGGCCCUCCCACCUGGCAGGAUGGGCCUCCUGAGCCCUUCAGGCAUUGGGGGUGUCUCUCCUCGACAUGCCCUUACCAGCCCCAGUCUUGGGGGUCAGGGCCGACAGAACCUGUGGUUUGCCAACCCUGGAGGCAGUAACAGCAUGCCCAGCCAGAGCCGCAGCUCUGUGCAGCGCACUCACUCGCUCCCAGUCCACUCGUCACCCCAGGCUAUUCUCAUGUUCCCUCCAGAUUGCCCGGUACCUGGGCCUGACCUGGAAAUUAAUCCCACCCUGGAGUCUCUGUGUCUGAGCAUGACAGAACACGCCUUGGGUGAUGGGACAGACAAAACCUCCACCAUCUGACGGGACCCACAGUCCAGCGCACUCAUAGGCUCCCUGGGCGGCGGGCGGGGGCCAUCCCCCAACAGGCUUCUUCUCGGCAGCGAGAGGGUGGGCUGGCGCAGCUAUACAUUCUGAUAUUUUUCUACUCAUCCUCUUAACUUUUGUUUAACAUUGACACAUGCCUUGCUCACUCCCAGGCCCAUUGAGGGAUCUCGACUGAGGCCAGGGAUCAGAGAGGGCAGCCGGGGCAAGGGGCAAGGACUGGCCAGACUGCCUACCCCUUCCCUCCCCAAUCUCCCACCAGCCCUAUCCCACCCCUGCCUCCUCCUAGACUGCUGACACCUGUCCUUCCCCAAGAGAGCAGACUUCUUAGAGAUACUGACCACCACCUUGUGCAGCCUGCCCUUCAGAAACAUGACAGUGGGGGAAGCAGUGUGGACAGCCUGCUCACCAGUAUGUCACUGGAGAAGAGCCCCUCUCCCCUGGUUUCUACCCUUCAUCAUUUCUAUCCCAGACAGUCACCAUCUUCCUCCCCCCUCUUCCUUGCCCUGUUUAUCAGAGGUUCUCUACAAUUAAUUUCUUAGGCCUAUUUAAGAUACAUAUUUAUAUAGUUCUUAACGGUUUUUCUCUGAUCACAUUCCCUGUCAUUUUUAGAAUCCCCAGGCCUCUCUCUGAGCCAGGACAGUGGCAGGGGGAACCUGAACUUUAUGAGAGGAGAGGGCAGAGCCCCCUCCUCCAGACCCCCUCGCCCUUCCCCAUCCCAGCCCUGGCUCCUAGAUGCAGAGGUUGAAGGUGGGCAGCCCCGGGCCCGCAGUGAGGUCAGGAAGUCUGUUGCCUUAAUGUCCCUUUCCCCCACCAACAUAACCCUUCUCUGCUCCCCAGGUCUGUUAGCAAAAGAUUUGUGGGUUGGAACCAGGGAAAGGGGAUUGUUGGGUUUUUGUUUUCUUGCCUAUCCCCUUUCUGUCAACCUUCCCCUACCCCCAUUAUGUCAUGACCUCAUGUAAGUGGAACACUAUAUCAUAACCCAGAGGUGCGGCCCAGCCUGAGUCACACAAACCCUCUGCCCCCCAUUACUGAUGAGGGCUGGUGCUGUGGCCCAGGAGGGAGGGAAUUUGGGGGUUCAGGCUGUGGGGAAGCCAGGGUCCCCUAUUCCAAACUCCUCUUUCCCCCCUCAACCUACACCCUCAUUGGGACAUUCUCAAGCUUUUCACAUGAAAAGGAAAAAAAUGUUAUUUUUAGAUACAUUUUAUGAAUAACUUUUGUUAUGAAUAUGGCUGGUAACCAUUGUGUAUGUUAUUAAAGAUACAAAAUGUUGGGAAAAAAACAAAAAACCAAAAAAAAAAAAUUGAAAACCACAGCCUUCCCUGCACUAUCAGCCCAUCCCCCAGACCUCGCCCCUGCCUCCUGGUCUUUGGACCUCCCCUGCUCUGAGCCCAGGGAGGAAGAAGCCAGGGGGUGGAGUGGCAAUGGGGACCUGCCUGUGGUCCCCACCACCUCGCCCAGUGCCGGGCUGGGCGGGGUGUCAGGUGUAUUUAUGUACCUCUUGCACACUCAUCAACCUAUGCAAGUCCCCACCCCGGCCCUCCAGGUUUCUGUGCCUUUUGCUCAUUCCCCUCUAACUCCCAGGCUUCUCCGGCCCCUCCCACUAACUGUGGGAAGUGGGGUGAAAGGCCACCUGUUUGAAAUAAGCAGGUUUCCUCUCAUGGGACCCUCACCUCCACAAGCUGGUCUAGUCUUGUCUUGUUCACUUCCCAUCAGGGUGACUGACCCUGCUUGGCACUGGAAGGUGGUAAGGGAUACAUACCCCCCCCAGCGGGAGGUGAGAGCUUGCCCCCCCUCACCUGACAGCAGAGUGCAGGACGCAGGCGGCCCCACUCUGACAGGCAGGACCCUGACCCUCCGACUCCCGAGCCCUCUCCAUGGUUUCACCCUAUCCUACCCACUUCUGUCCCCAGCCCCACUGGCAGAAUCAGCUUUGAGUAACUGUACAUUUUCUCGCUGUUGGAGAAGACUUAUUUGUUGGAGUUUCAAUUGUUAAUGGUCUGGGCUUAUUUUGGAAAAAAAAAAAAAAA